UGGGCGCUGGUGGGUGGCACUGGUGGGCACAGGUGGGUGGCACUGGUGGGCACAGGUGGGUGGCACUUCUGAGCACAGGUGAUGACACUGCUGGGUGGCACAGGUGAGCGCACUGCUGGGCACAGGUGGGUGCAUUGCUGGCACAGUUUGGCGCACUGCUGGGCACAGGUGGGCGUAACUUGUGUGUGGCACUGCUGGGCACUGAUCAUCAGGGCACUGCUGAUCAGUGCCCUGAUGAUCGGUGCCGAUCCCCACUCUGACAACUGCCGGUUUUCGGCUGUACUUUCCUCACGAUCUGACAGCGUGAGGAAAGUUCAGCUGAGAACCGGCAUUUGC